GCCUAGUGCCGAUGGCACUCGUUGAUAUUCAUGGUCGGGAUAUGGCAGCGAGUGGCGAGUCUCUCUCUCUCCUUCCGUGUCUUUCAUUUCGGAGAUGUCGAAGGCGUCAUCAUUUGUGAACGGGAAUGCCGUUUUGUUCACUGUUGCUUCGCGAACCGUGACACGACACGCUCACGUAAACGCCCAUGCUAAAUUUAUCUCGCGUAUCGAAGCAUAAUGUAUUCUUCUAGUUUGCCGCAGCAUCGGGCUUGCCACACGCGCGCGUACAUUGUGCCACGAAAUGGUUCCUCGUGUAUAUAUUAAGCAACCGCCUUAUCGCCGAUUUAGGACAUUGAUUUUUUGAGAGAUUUGUGAUAUCUUUGAGUGUAAAAGAUUCGACAGAAAUACGUCGAAUCGAACAAUAAUUGACUAUCCAAUGGUAAAUCUUGGCAGGACAUACAAAACGGAAGUUUUAAAAGAUGCAGCGGGAAAAUGUUGUAUUAAUCACUUUUUGAUAGAAUACGUAAAUGAUGUCGCUUAAAAACAUUUUAGUCUAUCUGGGAAAAAAUUGAAAAUUAUACGUUAUAAUUUUGAGAAUAAUAGAGGAAGCAUUUCGUUCGCUCGUAGCUACAUAGAAGAAACGACUCGGCAUUGCUUUUCACACAUUUUCCGAUGAGAUGCAAACCAACGCUAACCAACACAUACUUAGGCAAAUGUCGAACUUAUACUAUUCGCGCCGAAAGUGGAUUUUUCUGAUCGCGCUGAUUUCGUGCGUUGUUCUCAUUGUUCUUGUCACGAAGUAUCCGUUUAUUAAAAAUAAUACAAUAAUACGCGAUACAUAUCUGGACGAUGUUCCCGCAGAUUUAUAUCAAACAGUGUUGGACACAUGGUACAACUUCUCCAAUAAUGAAAAAUGGUACAACAAGAAGAAUAUAUCCGCCCUGAGCUCAAAAGCCUUUCAUGAUUUAUUGGCCGAUAUUCAUCAAAACUGGAUAAUAUGGAAUCAUAAUCCGAAAGAAUCAUAUGUGCUUCAAGAACCAGAUGUAGAAGAUCCGUCGAUGGGGCAGUCAACUGCGAUACGCGAAAUUUUAAAUGAUAAGAAAAAUGGAUUUUUCAUAGAAUGUGGCGCGUACGACGGGGAAAUACGUAGCAACACAUUAUUUCUGGAGCGGUUUAAGGGAUGGUCAGGUCUCUUGAUAGAAGCUGAUCCUAUUAAUUUCACGAAGAUGUUGCAAAAGAACAGAAAGGCCUAUUUCUCGCCAACGUGUCUUAGCAUUACUAAGAAUCCUACGGUGGCAUCCUUUCUCAUGGCCAGGAAUGUGGGUCGUCUACACGAACCCGAGAACAGGACGGAGGAUGUGCCCGCAAAUACGCUUGACGUGGCUUACACGGGCAAGCACGUCCGCGUGCAAUGCUUUCCAUUAACACAUUACAUCGCCGCGUUGGAAAUCAAAACGAUCGAUUAUUUCAGCCUCGACAUAGAAGGCAAUGAGAUCGACGUAUUAGAAACAAUACCAUUUAACGAGGUGGACAUAAAGACUCUCUCUGUGGAAUAUAUACACAAUAAAAAAGGACGAAAAUACCUGGUCGAUAUGAUGGAACGUCGAGGGUACUAUGUUUACAGUUUAGUCACACAUCCGGACAAUUUGGCAAACGAUAUUAUUUUUGUAAAGCGCGAUACGUGACGAAUGAAUACGAAUAGACAGAAAUUACGUAUAAAGAGUAAUAACAAUCUAAUUAUUUUAAUAAUGUCUAAUCUCUUGAUAUUAUUAAAAUAAUUUAAUCUCUUUGAUGUGUUAGUCUAUAUGUAUAAUUAUAACAAUACAUUGUCUCCAUCAAGAAAUUGAUAUAUCAUACGA